UAAGCAUAUUCCUGUGAUCUGGCAAGAGUGUGCACCGUGUUGGCCUCCUUCUGGUGCCCUAUUGUUUUCCAUACAGCACCUUGUUUACAAGAACCUCGGUCAAAGUGAAUUCCCAGCACUGGAAGUUAUCUUGUCUUUGGUGCAGGACUUGUGUAUGCUUUUUCUUACUGCAAUUUGCAGCACCUCGCUUCAUACUCUUCCAUUUGCAGCAUGUCCUUGAGUCUGUUUUCAUAUGUGAAUGGUGGUAAACUUUAAGGGCUGCCUGGAAGUUGAUAGCUAUACCAGACUGAAUAGCUGAAUUCCACGUUCUCUAGUUUAAUAACUGAAGUUAUCAGCUCCCCUCUCCCAUGAUUUUCUAUUUUGUACAUACAUUGUUUUGUAUAUACUGUAUAUGAUGACUUCGGUGGGCAGUGAACGUACCCGGGGCACUCGGGACAAAACACAGAUUUCAACCACACAGCCAACACAACCACAGAAACAAGUAGUACAGGCAACAGCAGAACAGAUUCGCCUCGCUCAGAUGAUCUAUGAUAAGAAUGAUGCAGAUUUUGAAGAUAAAGUGAAACAACUUAUGGAAGUGACGGGGAAGAACCAGGAUGAAUGCAUAGUGGCGCUACAUGAUUGUAAUGGGGAUGUGAAUAGAGCAAUCAACAUACUGCUGGAAGGAAGCUCAGACACAACUUCAUGGGAGACUGUAGGGGGAAAGAAGAAAAGCCUUGGAAAAGAGAGUUCAGAAAACAAAGAGAACAGAGAAAAGCGAGGGGACAGAGAAGUGAGCCGUGGACGGGGAAGCUCCAACAGACGGGGAAGAGGAGGCAGCCGUGGCCGAGAAUUUCGAGUAGAAGAGAAUGGAGUGGACAACAGUCAAGGGGAGAGGCCUUCAGACCGUGGGAAGCGUGGCCGUGGGAGAGGGUUUGGACGCGGUAGAGGGCGAGGAGCUGGGAGAUUUUCAGCCCAAGGCAUGGGGACAUUUAACCCUGCAGACUACACGGAGACGUCUGCCACAGAUGGCUUUGGGCCAAAACCAGAAGUUUGGGAGACUGGUCAGAAUGAUGCAGAUGAUGGAACUGAGCCAGCCCAGAGUGGACAUUAUCUUGCUCAGGACCUGCCAAAUAAUUGUGGACUCCAAGGAGCAUGGAAGAAUUCGAUAGAAGAAUGGACGGCAGAAGACUGGAAUGAAGAUCUUUCUGAAACAAAGGUCUUCACUGCAUCUUCUGUUCCAGCUGAGAAUCACAUCACUCCUGGGCAAAGCAUUGACCUAGUAACGUUACUUCAGAAACCUGUGACUUCUAGCCAAGAAACAGAAGGCAACUCUUUCGAGUCUCCCCAACAGCAGAGCUUUGGCCAAGCCCUAGUCUUCACGAAUUCCCAACACAACACCCAGAUGGCAUCAGGAACUGGCAAUUCCAGUGCUGUCAACUCCUAUUCUCCUCAGAGUCUGUCUUCAGUUCUCUGUUCUGGGUUUGGAGAACUUGGAUCCUCUAAAUUAGCAAACUCCACUGGAUCUCCGCUCUUGGACCAGUUGAAGUCUCCAGGUUUGGGUCAGUUCACCUCUCCGAGCUCUCAGCAAAACAGCAGUAGCUCCACUGCCACCACCGCUACCACCACAUCAUCCUGGGAUCUAAAACCCCCUAUUAGCCAAUCCUCUGUCCUCAGUCAGUUUGACUUUAAAUCCCAGCCUGAACCAUCCCCAGUUCUCAGCCAGCUGACCCAACGACAGCAACAGCAGACACAGGCAGUCCCUGUUCCUCCUCCUGGAUUGGAGUCCUUCUCCUCCCAAGUAAAACUCCGAGAGCCAUCACCAGUAGACAGUUCUAUGGCUGCAAGCAAAAUGCUGCAGCUCCCCAGCAUGUCUAUGGAUAACCAGGCAGUGUCUGCCCAUCAAACGCAGCAGAAACAGAUCAAACCACCGAAACGGAGGAUACCCCCAGCUUCUAAGAUCCCUGCCUCUGCAGUGGAAAUGCCUGGAUCGGCUGAUGUGACGGGGUUAAAUGUUCAGUUUGGAGCUCUGGAGUUUGGGUCAGAGCCUUCUCUCCCAGAGUUUGGGUCGGCCCCAAGCAAUGAGAAUAUUAGCCAGGUGCCCAGCAACAGCUUGUACUCGAAACCUGUAAAUGAUCCUUUGAAUACCUCUUUGCCAAUAUCCAAUACAGUACAGGAGUCCACCUACACAACCUCUGCCAUCACUUCUUCCAGUCUGACCUGCUCAUCCCAGAGCACUAGCCCCGUAACAACAACUUCCUCCUAUGACCAGACUUCUGUGCAUAGCAGGAUAGCAUACCAAAGCUCCAUGGCUCCAUCGGACUCAACCCCUGUUGCAGUCACGAAUGGGCACAGUGGUGUUCGAACACAGCCAACUCUUGACACUACUUCAUCAGUUCCAACGUCUAAGACAGAAACCUCUCCCUCGCUACCUACUGCGGGGUCUCUGCCUAGCACGGCGUCCUCCACUGCUUCGCUUCUGCCUUCAGCUCCACAGCACACAGCAACGUUACCCAGCUUGCCCCAGUCCAGUGACUUGGCCAGCAGCUCACUCUCCCAGUUAAGCAGUUCCCUCUCCAAUCAUCAGAGCAGCCUCUCCUCUGCUGCAGCGCUGUCUGCGAGCACCUCACAUGCGCACACCAGUGUGGAGAGCACAGCUUCACUCCAGCCCUCAACAACCUUUUCAACUGCUUCAACCUCAGCCACUAGCACCACAUCCUCAGUUGUCAGCAUGGCAAGCAGUAUGAACACUACAAACAGCCUUGGCCUGAGCGUUACCAGUGUGUCUAUGCCAGCUGCUUCUACACGGGCAGCUCCCUUAGUGUCUUCAGGCAAAGCUCCCCCCAACCUGCCCCAAGGUGUACCACCCUUGUUGCAUAACCAGUAUAUUGUGGGACCUGGAGGACUCCUGCCUGCCUACCCACAGAUCUAUGGUUAUGACGAUCUUCAGAUGCUCCAAUCCAGGCUGCCAAUGGAUUAUUAUGGAAUUACAUUCCCUGCUCCUGCAACCUUGACAGGCAGAGAUGGGAGCCUUGCUAACAACCCAUACUCAGGUGAUGUAACAAAAUUUGGCCGCGGGGAUUCUGCCUCCCCUGCUCCCGCUACCACCCUGGCCCAGCCGCAGCAGAAUCAGACGCAGACGCACCAUACCACUCAGCAGCCCUUCCUAAACCCUACGCUGCCCCCAGGAUACAGCUACACGGGGUUACCAUAUUACGCCGGCGUGCCAGGAGUACCCAGUGCAUUCCAGUAUGGGCCCACCAUGUUUGUACCUCCAGCAUCAGCCAAGCAGCAUGGCGUCAAUUUGAACACCGCUUCCACCCCGUUUCAGCAGGCAAGUGGUUAUGGACAACAUGGUUAUGGAGCAGGCUAUGAUGACUUAACGCAGGGAACGGCGGCUGGAGACUACAGCAAAGGAGGCUACAGUGGGUCAUCUCAAGCACAAAACAAAUCUGCUGGCACUGGACCUGGGAAAGGUGUUUCUGUGACCUCAAGUAACACAGGUGUGCCUGAUAUCAGUGGCUCAGUCUAUAACAAGACUCAGACGUUUGACAAGCAGGGAUUCCAUGCCGGCACACCGCCUCCUUUCAGCCUGCCAUCUGCUCUUGGAUCCACUGGGCCAUUGAACCCUGGUGCUGCCCCAGGUUAUGCUCCAGCCCCGUUCCUGCAUAUCCUGCCUGCACAUCAGCAGCCUCAUUCCCAGAUGCUGCAUCACCACCUUCAGCAAGAUGGGCAGGGUGGAUCUGGCCAGCGCAAUCAGCCAAGCACCAUGCAGCAAAAGUCUCAGGCUACCAAAACCGCCUAUGGCACUUCUCCAUACUGGACAAACUAAAAACGAAACAAGGAAGGGGGGGAGGCAGGGGGAGACUGAAAGAAGAAAAAGCCGAUGCCCAUUCCUGGAACUAUUAGGAGAAAAAGUAACU